AUGUCUUUAGAAUCAGCACUGGAAGAGGAUAGGCUAGAGUUUUUGAGGGCUUACAAUGAAGAGUGGAAUAAAAAACAUGCCAAAAAUGGAACCAAAUUCGACCAAUCAGCAAUUCAAUCACUUACAUUAGGAGACAAAGAAGUUGAGAAGUCUGGCACUGGACCGAAGGUCACAAAGGUAUCAACAGGGUCUAGUUUAUCGUCUACAGGGACUGACAGUAUUUCUGGAACCUCUGAAUCGUCGUCUGCCACACCUUCCCAACCUCUUUUAGCCGGAUCUAGUGAUACAGCUACGCCGUUUCGUCCUUCUCACAAACACUCAGUUUCUCUUGUUCUGAAUGAUGGCGAUGACGAUAUUGAAAUAACAGGAUCUCCCAGAGCAUCAGUUGACAAUGAGCAGAGCACCCGCACUUCAGCAAGUGGUUUCACUGCAGAGAGUUUAUUUGAACCUUUUGAUGAUGAAGAAGAUAAUUUUGACGGUUCUACUAGGCGGACAUCAGGAGACCAGAGUAGACAGUCUGGUGGAAAGUCGAUUCGAGCCGAGUCUCCCCAAUCAAGCAAGAGCGGUUCCAAACCCACACAAAAAGACGUGGCAAUGUCCAUUCUUGACCCAUCCCGUGGACGAAGUCGAGCUAGAAGUCGCACCGAUCCUUACGACUCUGAUGAUGCUGCUAUUGAUGGCCUUUUCGAUAUCACUGAGUACAAGAGGUCUAUAAGAGGUUCUUCUUUUACUGGACCAAUAGUAUCGAAUAAUUUCCGUUUCUCGAGCCCAGGUGAACAUCAGAGGGGCCAGCCAGCGCCUGUUGGUAGCCUUGCUCCGGAUAGCAAUGGAAAUCAGGGAAGGCAUAGGUCGAGAUCUGGUAGAAGAUCUAGGAGUCCAAUAUCCCGACUUCCGAUGGAUACCGACGACGAUUACUUUGACGAAAGCGAUGAAGAGUCCGAAAGUGAUAGUAAUGAAGAAGAAUUGGGCUUCAGUAAUGAAGAAAACAAUUAUGAGGAUAUCGAUAGCUCGGAAACUAGCGACGAAGAGUCACAUACAGAACCUAGUGAUCUAAUACCGGCGGAUGUUAUAAAAAACAUUUUGGAUAAGGAAGAGAGACCUCCAGGUUUCAAGGAAGGGAGCGCUUUAACCGGGCCUGUCUUGAGCAAUUCGAAACGAAUUCGUCGUACAUCUGAGGUCGAUGCAUCCCUAGCUCCAACCAACACAAUGUCACUGCUGGCUGCAAUCGAAGCCGAACAAAAAGCAGAGAAUAGGAUGGGUCCAGGAUCUAUCCCUAGCUCUAGUACGAGUCCAAAUAGGAGUCGCCAUGCUCGAGGGUCAAGCCCUGGCUCGGUUCGCAUGAAGUCACCUAACCGGCAGAGGGAGUUAUCACCACAACAAGCUGAAUACGCAGCCUAUAAGAGGCGGAUUAUACACCCCAAUACAGCUUUCGACGCCGCCGCCGUUGCAGCGGGCAACGGUGGUUCCUUUCCUGAACUCGACAUACCUUAUACAUCAGAUCACGAAGAAGUACGGGAUGCUCAUAGAGCAGCUCAACUUCACAUCGAGAUCAGUCAGAUAUAUUCGAAUACAGAGACGAGGAGGAUGUAUCGUACCAUGACUAGAGGAAACUUGCAACCACUUGAUGAAGAAGAUCCCAGUUCCAAUUUGGCCCCAUUGAAGUCAUUUAUUGUUGCUACAGAUCUAUCUCCUGAGGCUACACAUGCUCUAGAGUGGACCAUAGGUACUGUCCUUAGAGAUGGUAACCUUCUGAUUAUUGUUUGUGCAUUUGAAGAGGAUGGCUCAGGUGACUGGCAAGCUGAGGAAUCUGCUCGUCUUAAUGCAAUGGAUAAGAUUACUGCAGUGACCGUCAAGCUACUAAAGAAGACACGACUUCAAGUUCAUGUUGCAAUUGAGGUGUUACACUGUAAGAGUGCUAGGCAUGCCUUGACUGAUAUUACUGAUCAUGUCAGUCCCACUUUAGUGAUUCUGGGGUCGAGGGGUAGAUCUGCUUUAAAAGGAGUUUUGCUGGGAUCCUUUUCAAACUAUAUUGUGGAACGAUCAAGUGUCCCUGUCAUGGUUGCCAGACGGAAACUUCAGAAAGCUAAAAAUAAAGGGCUCAACGUACGUCUUGCUAACAACUUACGACACGGCACUUUGUCUACUGCUAAAAUUGAUUAG